ACACAUUCAGUAUCUCUCACACACUUUUCACCUAUCCUUACCCUUUUUCACUCUCAAACGUAUGCACACACAGAUGUGAACACACACAAACACAUGCGCGCACACACUCUCUGGCCUCCCAGGUGAGUAAACAGAGAGUUGCUGUACUUUGGAGCGGGGGAUCAGUCUUUAAUACCGAGUUGAGGCUUUGGCUCUGCUGUCUAAAGCAGACGGACGACUGACAUAGACAAGAUGGCCAGAGUUUGUUUGCUGGCUCUCAUUGCUGGUUUAGCGCUGACAGCGUGUGGACUGCCAGCUGAAAUCACAGAGGAGAACACAGGAGCUGUGUUUGUGUCUCAGCAGGCGGCACACACGGUGCUGCAUCGUCAGCGCAGGUACAACAGCGGCCACCUUGAAGAAAUGGUUCAGAAAGACAACCUGGAGCGGGAGUGUAUAGAGGAAAUCUGCACAAUGGAGGAGGCCAGGGAGGUGUUUGAAAACGAUGAGAAAACUAUAGAAUUCUGGGCUGGCUACAUUGAUGGUGACCAGUGUAAGCCACCCCCCUGCCAGAAUGGAGGUGUGUGUAAAGAUGGAAUUAACUCUUAUACUUGUUGGUGCAAACCCGACUUCGGUGGCAAGAACUGUGAGAUCGAGGUGGCCAAGCAGUGUUCAGUCAACAAUGGCGGAUGCUCCCAUUUCUGUGUGAUGCAGGCAGAGCAACCUCUGUGUCACUGUGCAGCUGGUUACAAACUUGCCUCAGACAAGAGGAGCUGUGAACCAUCAGGACCAUUCAGUUGUGGUCGUGUGGAUGUGACCCCCGCCACCAGGUCUAUCUUCAACCCACGGUCAACAAACACGAUAAAAGCCACUGAAAGGAACCUCAGUUUCAGCACCGUUCUGCAGGAUGACUACUAUGAUGACAAUGUAACGCAGCUAUACGACUACUACGACCUCCCUGUGAAUGAUUCUGACCCGCUCAACAUCUCCGUGCCCUCUGUGAUAGACGUACGUUCAGCGAAGUCAGAUCCCACUGAGGUUACCAUGAACAGCAAUGAAAUGACCACAAAGGAGAAGCAGCUACACUCUGGAGCUUUCUCCCCCACACUCCCCACCAUCACAGCACAAGACCAAACUGACCAGAGGAUUGUGGGAGGUGAUGAGGCCAUUCCUGGAGAGAUACCGUGGCAGGUGACCCUCAUGUCUCACUCAGAGUCCCUUGGGAGAGCGGAACCCUUCUGUGGAGGAUCUCUGCUCAGUGAAUUAUGGGUCAUCACUGCUGCCCACUGUCUGGUGGAGGCUGAAAUCCCUAAACGAGGUUUCUUCGUCAGAGUGGGUGAACAUGAUGUGAGCCAAGAUGAGGGUCCAGAGCGAAACCAUGUGGUGGCAGAGCAGCAUAUCCAUAGCAAUUACGAUUAUAGCAAGUCACCGUAUAACCAUGAUAUUGCACUGCUGAAGCUCGCCAGUCCAGUGGAACUGUCCAGCAAACGGCGUCCCAUCUGCCUGGGCCCCAAAGACUUCACAGAGACCAUACUGAGGGAGUCCGGCACCUCCCUGGUGAGCGGCUGGGGACGGCUGAAGUUCCAGGGACUCGAGGCCAACAAGCUCCAGAAGCUGGAGGUUCCCUACGUGGACCGCACCCAGUGUAAACAGAGCAGCCGGGACCACAUCACGCGCUUCAUGUUCUGUGCCGGCUUCCGAAGUGAAGCAAAGGAUUCGUGCCAGGGGGACAGCGGGGGCCCGCAUGCCACCAAUUACAAAGGCACUUGGUUCCUGACGGGUGUUGUCAGCUGGGGGGAGGAGUGUGCCAAGGACGGGAAGUAUGGCAUCUACACUCGAGUCUCUCGGUACUACCCGUGGAUCAGUCAGACGACAGGGAUUCAAAUUAACUGACAAAUAUAGAGUCAAACAAAGAGAGCAAACGGUCAGUCAAGAAAACAAAUGAUUUGCCUUGUUCAGCCACUGAGAAAAUGAAAGGUUUUCUUCUACUGAGUCAACUGUUAAUGUUAAUUUUGACUUUCCAAUAAAAUAGAAUCAAAGUA